GCCUCCUAGGCAUGUACUGAAGCUGCACAGCUACUGCCGUCUCUGUGGCGCAAUCGGUUAGCGCGUUCGGCUGUUAACCGAAAGAGGCUGGGAGCGCGCACUGCGCUGGCGCGACCGCUCGCAGAGCGCUUCGGAACGACUCUGCUUCCGUGCUCCGGUUUCCGAUGGUGUCUACUUGGGCGAAGGACCAGAGCCGGAACGCUUUGGAGGGCGGAUCGACAGAGGUUGUCUGAAGGCCGAGGCCAAGAUGGCGGUGCUGGCGGCUCCUGGCCUGCUCUGUGUGCGGACCCUGGGCCUCCGCUCCAGCAUAGGCGCACUGGGCCAAGUGUGCAGAGUCCAUCAGAGUGUGGCCGCCCAGGGCCCGAGCAGCACACAGUCUGCCGUGCCCAAGGCUGGAGCUGGAGCUGUGGUACCCAAGCCCUCCCAUCUUCCCAGAAACCGGGCCGAGUAUGUGGUUGCCAAGCUGGAUGACCUCAUCAACUGGGCACGCCGGAGCUCCCUGUGGCCCAUGACCUUUGGCCUGGCGUGCUGUGCUGUGGAGAUGAUGCACAUGGCGGCUCCGCGCUACGACAUGGACCGCUUUGGUGUGGUGUUCCGCGCCAGCCCACGUCAGGCUGACGUGAUGAUUGUAGCUGGCACACUUACCAACAAGAUGGCCCCUGCGCUCCGCAAGGUGUAUGACCAGAUGCCUGAACCUCGUUAUGUGGUUUCCAUGGGGAGCUGUGCCAACGGCGGUGGCUACUAUCACUACUCCUACUCAGUAGUUCGAGGCUGUGACCGCAUUGUGCCAGUGGACAUCUAUGUGCCAGGCUGCCCGCCCACGGCCGAGGCGCUUCUCUAUGGCAUCUUGCAGCUGCAACGGAAGAUCAAGCGUGAGCAGAAGCUGAAGAUCUGGUACCGCAGGUAGAGCCUCCAGGCCGAGCACCACAGCCCCAGAGUCCCAGUGUGAAUAACCCUUCCCUGACCCAGUGCGCUGUGUGGACUCCAGCAGAGUCCCAGUGUGAAUAAACCUUCCCUGACCCAGUGCGCUGUGUGGACUGUGGCCCAGCAGAGUCCUAGUGUGAAUAAACCUUCCCUGACCCAG